GCCUAUCUGUGGUGGCAACCCCUUGAGGUCAAGACCCCACAAUCAGAUGAGGAUGGAGUGGCUCACCCUCAGUCAACAGGCCAGACUCAAGGUGUUCCAGGCAAGUCAGUUCUCCCUCAGGCCUUCGGUUUCCUCACCCACAAGAUGAGAGGGCUGGAUCAGAUGGAAAUUCGGGGGGUAAGGGGAUGUCCGCUCGCAGCCCACCUCGCCCAUGGGCCCCUCAAGCCUCCAUGCCAGUUCCCACGACGCACCCGCCCCACAGAUCCUGCCCAAGGUGAGGGCUGGUCCCGGGUCCUCCGGCUGCCGCAUCAGCGAGUGCAGGAGGGAGGGGAAGCCUCCAAUGGGGCGACUCGGGCUCAAGGAUGCAACUGGGCCAGGAGUGAACUCGGGCACGGAGGGAGGUGUCUGGGCCGCUCCUCGAGCCCAGCCCGGGUCCACGACCCCCUUAUCUCCAGGGUCCGUAUCUCCUGCUGGGUGAGGUCCUUGGACACAGCGCACUUGUUGCGCAACCGGCGCAGGCUGCCGAUGGAGAUGCCGAUAAGCUUCUGGAGCUGCCCACAAGCUUCUGGAGCUGCCCACACUGCUGCAGCGUCUGGCUGGCUGCGGCCCCUGCGCCUCCCACAGAGGCCGCUGCAUCACCCCCGCCACCGCCCUCCUUCUUCUCUCCCCUGGCCGCUAUGCGCAGCGGCGCUCUAUGCAGGCCGCAGCGGCCAAGGCGGGGAGCCCGGGGCGCGGGCGCCUAGGCAAGGAACCCCCGAGCCCGGAGAGCUGGACCAGGAGCGCACCUCGGCGCCGCCCGAACAAGGACGCCCGUAG